UUUUGCUUGCCUCCUGCUCUGCCAAUAUUAUCUCCUAAUCCUGUUGAAGCUUCUAGAACUGGUUCCAAUAAUCACAAUGAACCACCUUGUAUUAUGAGCUCCGCUAUGUCCCAUAUGGAGGUCAAAUCUUCAAAACAGAGACAGAAACGGGAGUGGGUUUCAGUUGUACCUGACUUGGUUCCUGGACCGGAGGUUUGCCCUGAUGCCAUUGUUACAUGUUGCGAAAUGUAUAAGCAGAACAAGAAUCCUUCAAGUACUGUUUUGUUGAAUGCGAGGAAACAUCUUCUGCAUCUUGGCUGGAAAAUUGACUUUGUUAAUGAUGGGAAGUCAAGAUUGCGUUAUACUUCUCCUGAUGGGAUAAUCUAUUAUUCUUUUCGUCUGCUUUGUUUGGAGCUUGGAUCUGAAAGGCGUUCUUUUAUCUCCCAGUGCAAUAAGAAAAGUAUUGUAAGUUCAGCUUGUGAUUUGUUUUCAUCUCCACCUGUUGGAAAUUUACAAUCUUGCAGCAAGUUGUCCAAGUUUCCUUGUUCUUCUGAUGUGGUUGAACCUAAAUAUUGGCCUCAAGCAGUGAAGGAUUACUGUUUACUUGGUUUGGAGGACAAGGAUUUUAACAACCGCUCAAAAAUGAAUCGGAAAAUAUGGAAUAUGGCCUUAAAAGCCAUGAAACACCUAUCUGCUAUGGGGUGGACAUUUUAUGACCACGGAGAGGGGGACCAGAGGAAAAUGCAGUACCGUUCACCGGAUGGAACAUUGUUUAACUCUCUUAAGUUGGCUUGCAAACGGUGUGUAGAGGUUGAUGGACUCAAUCCUAGAGAUGAUGCUCAUAAUCUAGGAGGAAUGGGGAAUGUAUAUGCCAUCAAUGAAAAUACUGAGGACCAUUUAGCUUUAAAUGGAUCACAUCUUCUAUCCAAUGCCAAGGAAUCCCAUGGAAAUUUCCUUCUGUCAAACAACAUAUUUGAAAACAUGCCAGCUGAAUUGUCCAAUGUGUCUAUGUCAAAGGGGCUUGUAGAACUAGGUAAAGCUGAAGUUCGAAGAACCAGGAUACUGAAAAAGGGCAGAAAGAGAAAGGACAGUCAACCGCAUCAUAAUGAUGGUUUGCCAUUGCUGAAGAGAGGGAGGACAUCUAGUAGACCAAUUAAAGUGAGAGGUCAUAUGGAUGAAGAUUCUUCAACCCCUGUCCUGCGAUCAAGUAAAAGAGCUCGGGAAGUGGCUAGUUCUUCCUCUCAUCGAACUCCUAGAACUGUCUUGUCUUGGUUGAUAGACAAUAAUGUGGUUCUGCCAAGAGCAAAAGUUCAAUAUCGUAGCAAGAAAGAUGGUCGUCCAAUGGCAGAAGGACGAGUAUCACGUGAUGGGAUCAAAUGUAGUUGUUGCCAGAAAAUUUUUACUCUUAGUAGCUUCGAAGCUCAUGCUGGCAGCACCAAUCACAGGCCUUCAGCGAACAUAUUUUUGGAGGAUGGAAGGUCUUUGGUGGAGUGCCAGUUGCAACUGAGACGCGACAAUGGUAACAAAAGUGCAAAACUGGAAUCAUGUAAUAAGAAGGCCAGGCAGAGCUGCAGCACAAAUGACUACAUUUGUUCCGUCUGCCACUAUGGAGGUGAAUUAGUUUUGUGUGAUAACUGUCCAUCUUCCUUUCAUACUCACUGCCUUGGUUUGAAGGAGGUCCCAGAUGGUGACUGGUUCUGUCCUACAUGCUGUUGUGGAAUUUGUUGCGGGAGAGGAUUUGAUGAGAAUAAAAAACAAUUUUCCAACUCUAGUCUACUCAGCUGUGCUCAGUGUGAGCAACAAUAUCAUGUUGGAUGCCUCAGAAAUAAAGGUGUUGAAGUUCUGGAAGAUUUUCCAAAACGAAAUUGGUUCUGUGAAGAAAUAUGUGAACAGAUAUUUUGGUCUCUUCGCAAUAUUUUGGGAAGAGCAGUUCCUGUGGGGAAUGAAAAUUUGACUUGGACUUUAAUGAAAUACAUAAAACCUGAUUCACAUGAUCAUGAGGCGCCUCAUAACGAGUUUUUGAUGGAGAGUUACAGCAAGCUUAAUAUUGCUCUUAGUGUGAUGCAUGAAUGUUUUGAACCUGUCAAAGAGCCACACACAAGGAGGGAUCUCAUGGAAGAUGUUAUUUUUAGUAGAUGGUCUGAGCUAAACCGUUUGAAUUUUCAAGGAUUUUAUACAGUUCUUUUGGAGAGAAAUGAUGAAUUGAUUUCAGUGGCAACUGUAAGGAUUUAUGGGAAAAAAGUGGCAGAAGUCCCGCUUGUUGCUACACGAUUUCAAUAUCGUCGACUUGGGAUGUGUCGUAUUUUGAUGAAUGAGCUUGAGAAGAAACUCAUUGAAAUAGGAGUAGAGAGGCUCGUUCUUCCAGCAGUUCCUAGUGUGUUGAACACUUGGAAAACUUCUUUCGGGUUCUCAGAAAUGAAAGAAUCAGAGAGAUUGAACUUUCUAGACCACACCUUUCUUGAUUUCCAGGAUACAGUCAUGUGCCAAAAAGUCUUAACUCACAUCCCGUCCUCUGUAUCAAGGAUAUCAACAGAAACUCAGGACGAAAGAUGUGCCCCUAUGAGAAAAACUGGUUUAGACUUGGAUGGCACUGGUUCUGAUUCUGCAAUUUCUCAAGCAGAACGAGUCAAAGAGGGUGAAUUUAAAGAUCAAGGAUCAGCAUGGUAA